UGCUUCAGCUGUGAGCACAGAAGGCAGGACUCGAGACAAUCUUCAUCAUGACCCGGUCCCCUCUCCUCCUCACCCUUCUCAUUCACUGCACAGGUGCCCAGACAGAGGGUCGGGGAGGGGUCCUGGAAGCCCAUGAGGCCCUGCUUUCUCCUUCUCUCUCUAGACCAAGAAUCACCACGUCUGUGUCUCUCCCGCUUCCAGGGUCCUGGGCCCAGUCUGUGCUGACGCAGCCGCCCUCAGUGUCUGCGGACCCAGGGCAGAAGGUCACCAUCUCCUGCUCUGGAAGCAGCUCCAAUAUUGGGAGAAAAUAUGUAUCCUGGUACCAGCAGCUCCCAGGAACAGCCCCCAAACUCCUCAUCCAUGAAAAUAAUAAGCGACCCUCAGGGAUUUCUGAACGAUUCUCUGGCUCCAAGUCUGGCACUUCAGCCACCCUGGGCAUCACUGGGCUCCAGACUGGAGAUGAGGCUGAUUAUUACUGCUUAGCAUGGGAUGACAGCCUGAGUGCUCACAUGGUGCUCCAGGCCAAUGGGGAACUGAGACAAGAACCUCCUUCCUCCUCUGCCAGGAGGCUUGGGACACAGGGUCUCUGUACUGAUAUCGUGGGCCAAGGUGGCAGGUUCAGCUGUGUCUUCACAGACCUUCCUGUACCUGCCCAUGCGAAGACGGACAAGGAGGUAGGGAGUGUGAAAGCCAUGGGAGCAGCUCUGGUCACCAGGAGAGAGUGGUCAGAUUCAGCCCUGGUGUCUGGGGAGGAGGGACUGAAGCCUGGGUGA